AUGUACCUACACAUCAACGAAGAACCUACGGCAGCGAUCACUGCAAGAACCAUCGGCUACUGGCACUUCCCGGACACCCAGCGGACGGUGCCCAACGAGGAGAGAAGUAGCCUACGGGAAGACUACGUCCGCGGCUACUCCUACAUGACCAUGGCGGACUGGGACACGCCGGAUAUGCCCAUGCGAAUCCCGCGCGAACCCCCGACCAAGCCGCCCGGCGAAGAGUCGGUGGUCUGGAAGUUCGCGUUGGUCAUGGCCACUGCCGUCGCCGGCGCCGUGGCCGUCCUGAGCCUGGCUGUGUUUUUCCUCAUUGGGCGUCGGACCGGCCGCGGGUGA